AUGGGUUCUCAUCCAUCAAAAGAAAUAUCUAAAAAAGAUUCGUCAAUCAUUGUUAAAUAUGAUGAGAAAAAUUUAGAAGAUUUUGUUGUUGUUUGGCAUGACUCUAAAAUGUAUUCAACGCCAGAAUAUGCUGAAAUAGAAGCUCUUUUACAACCAUUUGUUCAUUAUAUUAAAACAUUUGAUAAAAUCGAUGAAUGUUUCACAUACAUCACUACUUAUUUAUCUGAAAAAAUAUUCUUAAUUUGUACUGCCGAGAUUGGUUUUCAUCUAGUACCACAGGUUAUGGAUCUUGAUCAAGUAAAAAUAAUCUAUUUAUAUCGUUCAUCAUCAUCACCAUCAUUAGCGUCAAACAGAUAUGAAGUAUGGAUAAAAAGAUAUAAAAAAAUUCGACAAAUAUUUAAUGAUAAACUACAGAUGAUCGAUACAUUUAAACAGGAUGUUAGACAUUAUAAAAAUGAUGAUGGCAUGCCAUUUAAAUUACUUAGUAAAAGUGUUACAGAAAAACAUUCAAUAUCUGAUCUUGAGAAGAAAGAUUUAAUGUUUCUAUUCUUUCAAGUAUUUAAUGAAAUGUUACUGGACACAUCACAUCGAAUGAUUGAUAAAAUAGAGGGUCUAAAUGAUUAUAAACAUUAUUAUACGAAUAAUGAAACGGAACAAAUACUAAUCAAAAAAUUUAAUCGUAAAUAUCAAUCGGAUGAAGCUCUACAAUGGUAUAUACAUGAUAAUUGUUUUCUUCAACGUAUUCUAACAAAAGCAUUUCGUUCAGAGAAUUUUGAUCAAAUUUUUAAACUACAAUAUUUUAUCACUGAUUUACAUCAGCAAUUACGUAACAUACAAGUACAUCAACAAAAAAUUGCUAUUGUAUAUCGACAACAAAGAAUGUCCAGUGAUGAAAUUCAAAAUUUACAAGACAAUGUUGGAGGUUAUAUCUCUAGCAAAUCAUUUUUUUUAACAAGUGAAGAGAAAAUGCAUGAACUCGUUCAAGAUGGUCUUGAAUCUGUCUUAAUUCAUAUUAUUCCUAAUCCAAAAUAUCACACUUUUGCUAAUAUUGAUAAAUAUCGUUCUUCUUCACAAGAAGAACAUCAAGUAAUGUUUACUGUUGGUAGCUUAUUUCGUAUUGAAUCUGUCGAAAAGUUGAAUGAUGUAUGGAUGGUAAAAUUACUCUUCAAUGACAGUGAUGAAAAAAAGAUGACAAAAUUAUUAAAUAAGUUCAAAAAACAAAUAGAUGAGAAACCAAAUCUUAUUAAAUUAGAUUGUGCUCAGCAUUUUCAUCUUGCGUUAAUUCAACUACCACCAUCGAAUGUUUUGGAUGUUGCUGAUUUACAGAACAAUUUGGGUUUAAUUUACAAAGAUCAAGGUGAAUAUAAAUUGGCUAAUCGUCAUUUAGCUAUCGCUGUGGAAAUGUAUUGUCGUACAGUUCAUCAUAAUCAUAUCGUUUUGGCACCGACAUACGAUAAUAUUGGAAAUGUUUAUCGUUGCACUGAAGACUAUAAACAAGCACUUAUAAAUCAAGAGAAGGCGCUGCAAAUACGUCUGAAAUCAUUACCAUCAAAUCAUAAUGAUAUCGUUAAAUCAUAUGGAAAUAUUGGUCUAACAUAUAAACAAAAAGGAGAUUUUCAAACAUCUUUGAAAUAUUAUCAAAAUGCAUUGCAAGUCUGUUUAAAAGCUUCAACACCGAAUCGUAAAAAUAUUGGCAGAUGUUAUCAUAAUAUUGGAUAUGUUUAUAUGGAUUUGAAAGAAUGGUCAUUUGCAUUAACGAAUUUAGAAAAAGCACUCAACUAUUAUCCUGAUAUACCAUCGAAUCAUGUGCGAAUCGAUGCGUGUAAAAAAUUAAUUGAGACUGUUAAAAAAUUAGUUUAG